AUGGUGGUAGUAGUAAGCGACGUGAUGGUAGUGGUGGUGAUCCUAGUAGUCGCCGUGGUGGUGACGCUGAUGUUUCCACUUGCCUGUGUUCCAGCGCUGGCGCGACUGUCAAACAUCCACCACCAACAGCAGCAGCAGCAGCAGCAGCAGGCUCAACAGCAACAGCAACGACUCGGCGGUGGCGGUAGUAGGGAUGUCGCCUCCAGCCCUCGUCCCUCCGGUAGGGAGGACAAAAGCGUCGUAGGGAGGGUAAAGCACCCACCAUCGGCGACGACGACGCCGACGACGACGGCGGUGACGACGACGACGACGGCGGUGACGACGACGACGACGGUAGCGGCGGCGGAGACGACAACAACAACGACGACGACAACGACGGUACCCGGUAGUGGAGGAGGAGGUAGUAGCGGUGGCGGCGACGGCGGCGGUUCUAGAGGUGGUGGCAGUGACAGUGGUAGUGGAGGUGGCGGCGGUAGCGCUGGUGGGGACCGUGACGGUGGAGGUGAUGCCGGUGGUGGUGGCAGUGCUGGUGGUGGUGGUGCUGCUGGUGGUGGUGGCGAUUGUGCCGGUGGUGGUGGCGAAGUUGCGGAGAAGGAGGAGAGGCCACCGGCUUCAGAGACUGUCGAGCCGACGGCCGCGUUUGACGUCGCAUCCCUCGUACUCUACGGCUCGCGCGCACUGCCGAUACGCCUUAAGAUCUUGCUCGAUCAGUUGUUCAACCAGUUGCCCGCCGCGCAAGUGACACGUAUCCUAGCUGCCUUCGGCUGGACCCACGAGGAUUACACGCGAGGAUACAUACUGCAGGUGAGUGGUGACACGUCGAUCCGAUCGCACCGAUCCAGCACCCGACGCGAUAUGACAUACGUACGCGAGUCGCAUCCUCGGUGUCCCAUGACCUGUCGCACGCGCCGAGUUCUCCCACGAGAUUCACACUCCACCGUCACGGGGGAUGUCGCGGACAUAGACGGAUAUACACGGAAACAACAUGACAGUGUAUGCACCACGUGACGACAUAGCGAGAUGCUUGAUUCGACUUCACGUACCGAUCAGUACUUGUAUCGAUCAUCACGAUUGACGUUUCACCCGAAACGGAACGAGCGCAGUGUCGAAAGCGCGUUUUUUUUAUAAUGCUCAAAUUAUCUUCAUCUUUACGACAUGACAGAUAUGACAUGGACCGCCUGGUGACGUUACGUCGAUGCGACAUCCUGACAUCUUCCGCGCUCUUCGGCGCGCGCGACAGGUUCCGCGGUGAUCGGGAAAAGAAAAGUCAAAGAUUUCCGCAGACCCGACGCGACUCGGCUCGGACCCGAGACCUUUCGAAAUGUCGCGGCGAAAUACAAUGUUACAUAACGAUCGUGUCCCCGGUUACGUCUCCGUCUGCGAUUCUCCGGUGCAUCGUUCAUGUUGAAGCGGGCGGCUUGGUAAUAAGAUGAGACGCGCCAUCGUCAACCUUGAGCCUUGACAGAACGAGAUUCCUGAAGUUUACGGUGACUGCGGCAAGCAGGAUAUCGCGGCGCGAAUAAAUCGCAAUGACGGGGAAACGUUGACGAGUGAGUUGAACGGCGACAAGUGCAUCGCGAGUGCGUCGUACAUGUCAGUGUGAGUGGUGCAAGCGACGUCGGGGCAUGGGAUCAAGAUACCGUGGCUUGGUAGUCGAGAGGUACCUGCGCAGUAACACGUAAAUUCGAACGAAAGUCCCCGUCGGGCGCAUCCGCCACGUCGACGAGGAUGAAAAGGACGAAGGAAGUCGCCGAAGAAGGAAGAGACAACCCGCCCGCGGGAGGAGGACCGACCCGCCGAUCGAGGGGAGUUGAUCUUGGACGAUUCGUUUCGCCGAUGAGAUGACAGUUGCUCCAUCACAGACUUCUCCAGAGGACAAUCCUAUCGGAAGUAACGCAGUUGGACAUCCGGUGUGACGUGUGACGUGCAAAAGCGACUUGUCAGAGAGACGCGACUGAUCUAAUAUUCCGUCAUGAAUCGUCACGUGAAUAUGCUACGUCAGUUGUAUGUGAUUGUACAUGUUUGCUCGCCUAAGAACCGGAGGAAUCGGAAGUCUGACAGUGCAGGGGGACGAUCUCGUGAUUGAGAAUUCGUCAACAGCGAGAAACCACAGUUCGAUCUUCGUCGGCGAUCUCUGCGAGGAUCGGCAGGAUGACUCGUUGUGUCUCGUCGGGUCGACCGGUGACGAAUUGGAGCGUAUUCACGGACUGUUCCUCUUUAAUCGAUUGUGUGCGUCGAUCGGUGAAAAAAGACUUCAAUGCCGUCGACUGAUCAGCGCGGCGGCGGCGGCUUUCGAAUGAUGUGUCAAAAUGAAACUGUUGUCGUCGUGAAAGAAUGGUGUUCUCUCAAACGACCGGAACACUCGUUACACUGUGUGAGCUGAGGUUUCGUUAAAAAGAUUUCCUCGUGGCAGCGCAAAGUACGCGAAUUAAGAAACAAAUUGCAAAUCCGUCACUCGCACGCUAACUAACGAUUCCUCGUGAUCGCACGCGACUGAAAAUAUAAAACGAGCGGUCGUAAUUACGCGGACGCUUAAAACGUAAUCUGUGAGUGAAAAGAGAAAACGAUGUGAGCUCCGAGCGAAGUCAUAAAUCCGAGCGAAUGAUGUAUCACGAUGACGAUCGCGAUCGAUUCGCGAGAUGAGAGCCGUACACCGAGAUAAUUAUCAAUCAUUUUUGUAUUCGUGAAGAAUGCACGGCUUUACUUCGCGCGUGAUGACGGAUGGCAAUCUGUGUGGGUGAUUAAAAACGCGGAUGGUAUAUUUGCGCGACGAGGCUGAUGCUUCUCCCCGCGGCGUGCUUCACUCGCGAUUGUCAUCGCAGCAAUUCCGAUGGCGUGCUGGGAUAAUUCAGCGGUAACUUUUCUACAUUUUAUCGGAAAGUGGAUUUGCGUAAUCGCGGCGAAUCAUCAGGAUAUUCGCAAUAACGCGAAUAAUCGAAACGGGGCCGGCGUUUCGAAAGUCGCGAAGUCGCCGUGUCUCGCGAUCUCACGCGCGCGGCAAUUACGCGCGAUCGAUCGUCGAGUCGCGGAACGUUUUCACGGUGUAGAUUGGUCUCGAUAUCACGUACAUCAUGUCGUGCUCGAUACACGGUACCGGCAUCACGGCGCGAUUCCGCUUUAGCGACACGCAGCAGCAACAUCAGCAGCAGCGACAGCGCGGGGCACCGAAAACGCGCGCGUUGGUCUCGCGCGUUAGAAAACGGCGGGUAUCCGUGUAAACUGAAUUGCGCCGAGACGUCGGCGUGAAAUUAAAACGUACGUACCGGGAAACCGGUUUCUCUCUCUCGCGGCCGAUGCAUACGUACGUACGAGCGUGCGUGCGUGUACCUACGUAUGCAUCGGCGACGCGUUUAUACGCUGCGGCGAGUCCGAGGCGCGUAUCCGGAGAACGCGCCUCGGAAUUCAAUCGAGGGGGAAUAAAUCCCGAUCGGAACAACGACGACAUAUGGGAGAGAAACGGGAAACGACUGUGCGACACGUGUACUCUAUCGUGGUGGAUGCAUGUGAUUCUGCGAAAACCUUGAGAUUGAUUCGCGUGGAAUCGUCGUCGAGAGAGGAAACGCUAUUGACACGUGCGAGCUACGCGCGCUCUCUCGCACGUGUUCUCUCGUCUCUCCCUCUGUCUCUCUUUCUCCCUUACGUUUACUUUCGUCUGGUUUUCGAGCGAAUUUAAAGCGAGAUUUAAGCUCGUUAGAGCUCGCGUGACGGUACACUUCGGAACUCUAUUAGCUCCGUACUUGGGCUCGCACUCCGGGUCCGUUUGUACUCGGGCGUUCAAGGCGUUUCGUCGCCAUGAACAAGUCGGGCGAAGACACGCGAUUAGUCGGGAACGGAUGUCGAAAUACACGCUCCGAUGGCGAGCCGUCGCGUCUCUAACAAGUCGAAGCGCCGAGGAUGACACCGGGUCUAACGCUCGCUUAUGGCGGGAUUCGAUUAACACCAUGACUCUAACAGCGAGUGUUUUCCAGCUGCUUCUGUGAUAAUUGUUGAAAUAAUCAAGUGCUCCUUGACAUGACAAUGUGACGCGUCGCAGGAAGCGAGUGUUUCUUCAGAAUCACGGAAUUUCUCCGUGCCUCUUAAAAAUCUAGUGUCUCGUACGUACUUUAUUCGCUUCAGACAAUUCGAAUCGUGAUAUAAUCGAGUAUCCAGGAAAUUAUAUCGUAAUUACAUUGCAAUUAUAUUGUAAGAAACAUCGGGUUGAUGUAGGUUGUUCACAAAGACCAUAAAAUUCUUUGACGUCUCUUAUUCCCUCAAGAGACACUGUUUGUCACGUAUGAGUCUAUACGUGAUCCGGCGCGUUGUGAUCUUUAAUGUUCCUCGCGUGAAGUAAAUCUCGCUGAAACAUCGUGCCGUCAUAAUCUCGUUCUCGACGAUGCCGAAGACACGUUUACAUAUCAAGUGCCGUCACAGGAUAUCGAUUGGCUUCGCGAAAUCCUCGCGAAUUCUCGGCCGGCUAACAAGGCCUGUCACGAUUCUCGAAUCGCCGGAUUCCGUGGCGACGAUUCGCAGCCGAAAGCCGAGAAUUUGCUUGUUCGGAAUUUGCAUUUUCUCGUGCGAUCGCCGGUCGUUUCUCCUGUCGAGCGAUGCUUUACGAUCCAUUAUGGGUCGCGGCACCUUCGGCCGAUUCCUAAUCACCGUCCACGACGUGAAAGAAAAUUCUGGGGAUUCAUCAGAAGUCGAGAGUCGCGGAUUUGCAUCGCCUUCCACAUCUGGCACGGUCGAGCGCUACUUUAACGGCUCAUUAUUACCGGAAUACAGUCCUCGAGAUCGCGGGACUUCCUGAAUCACGAUCCGCAAGUGUCACGUCGACCGAUCAAUCGGAACGUAGCACAGCAGAGAAAGAAAGAAAGAGAGGAAAAGAGAGAAAGAGACCGAGACCUCGGUUCUCCGCUCCGGAUUUGCAUCUCGGUAUGCAAGCUAUUUGCAACGCCGCUCCACGACUUGAGUGCCUGAAUCAUGAUUUACGCCGCCAAUAAUGUCUCCCAGACUUGCUGUCGGAAUCCCAGUCACGGGGCUCCCGGAUCGUGAUUUGUAUUACGGUGAUUCUUCCUGUCGGCUAGAUGAAAACUACUCGCAAUCUUCUGGCGUUCUUUCCGCGUCGCAAGAAUCAUGAAUCGCGUCUCGCGAGAUCAUUUCCUUCUGAAAUUGUGUGCUGCGAUGCGGUGAAAAAAUGGACCCUCACAUAGAGGGGAGAGUUCGCUAUCAGAAUCUUGAUAAAGUAGAAUUAUCUUUUUCGAGGGGAAAGCGACAAAGAAAGGAUGAAGAGAGAGAGAUCUACUGGAUGCGCGGAAGCUUCAGCCGCUCCGGAUUUGCAUCUUCCACUCGCCCGUGGAAUUCUCGCGGUCGAGGGCCGCUUUAUCGUUCGCCACGUCGAAGAAUGUUCUUUCUAUGAGAGAAUACCGGGAGUCGAGGGUAGGAUCAUCGUCGUGGCGCGGACAUGGAAACGGUAAAUCACAUCGCCACGGCGGACGGCUGUGAGGCAGAUCUCGAGGCGGAGAACGGCGCGCGUUUCGUGGCGCAGAGGGCAAUUUCGCGCGUUGCCAGCAACGGAAGCGGUUUGCGCGUUUGCGACCCAAAGUCGCAACAGCGGAAUCAAGUGGGAUUUUACACGAGGGGAGGUACACGACUUUACGACGGACGCCGGGAUGGAGGCAGAGGCAGCUCAGGAACGCGAAACCGCCCUCUUGCUGCAGCGGCAGUGCGAGAUUUACGAGCAAGUUGCGCGGCUCGUGAGGAUUCGCGCAAUCUGCGACGAUCAGUGAGAGAUCGCGGGGACUAAUGCGGCGCGGACAAUCGUGAAAACGGGAUUUUUAUGGCCAGUGCCAUAACGGACGUCUUUCGCUCUUGGGAGUCAAGUGGCAUAAUUUGUCGACAAUGUUGUGCAAGAUUGAAUUAAUCAACCGAGAAAGGGGACGAAUAAUGUCGGAUGAAUUAAACUUAGCAUGUAUUUUGACGUUAUCGAAUCGGAUUAGCUCUUUUUUCAAUAUUGCAGGAUAAUCCAGUUUUACACAAGCAUCGUCCAUUUAAAAAUACUAAUUAAAUGAGCCGAUAGAGACAGAAAGUGACAGAACUAAAUUAACGUUGUCAUGGUAUUAAAAUCGGUAUAGUAAUUUAUCUUCAAAAAUUUCUAAUAAUUUGAAUGAAGUUAUUAAACGAAUGCGGAAAGCAUUCCUAGACGAUUUUACGAGCUAGGAUCAUUGUCACCGUGUAACACGAGUCCGCGCGGACGACAUCGCCACAUGACUCUUCGUCGUCGUGUAUCUCGGCGCCAAAGAGCCGUGAAAAGGCUGGGAAGCGUGACGAAUCCCCCGACACUCGCGCCGAUCAUCGUCGGAAUGCGUCGAUUUCGAGAGAAAACGAAAGUUUUCCGCGAUGGAUCGCGUAAAAACUAAGACGCCAUUUGCCACCUCUCUCCUCUCCCGCUCCGCUUGUAAAAAUCAAAGUAGAGAACGCGCUUGGAUCCAAAAAAAUCACCUAUCGAGAUCGUGCGCACGGGAUAUAAAUUCAUUAUUCUCUAAAGGGGGAAAUACCCGUGUGUCACGUAGUAAUAAUAAGCACAAAUUAUAUUUACCACAAUAUACUGAAAAAUAUCGACUCGGCCGUGACUUCUCAAGUGUUCAACGAUGUUCAAUGAUCGCCGACUCGAUUAAAAUACCACGCUCAUACUGGAAACUGUAGCGCGGACUAAAUGGAUCCCCCUCCCCCCCGAGAUAAUCUCGGGUCGAUACUACAUUGCUCACCGAGUAUCUCCAUGUGUCGAUUGAGCUGCCGAGGCUAGGGAAAAGAGCAUCAAGGACGACGGCAAGUCGAGUCCUUCAUCGGUGGUCCGCCACCGUCUCUCUCGGAACCUAAAACCCGUCAAGAUCGCCUGACCCAGGGAUCGAUCGUCGCGGGGAAGCAUCGCGGGGGGAAUCGUAAUAUCGAAAGUGGCGACGUAAAGCAGACAAGGGCCGGGACCGGCGGAAACCGGUAAAGAUGGUAGCCCGGAGCCGAUCGACCUGUCAUUACUCCACCUCGAUGGGAGCAUGAGCCAAAACCGUAAAUUACAGAGCAUCUCACAGCGAGCGGAGACGAUUCGAGGGUACCGAUCCAACAGUGUUUGCCGGAUGAGAGAAAAACAGUGGCGGCGAGAAAGAUAGAGAGUAGGCAGCGCGACUCGAUCGCUCGAGCGGAAAUGCAGAAUCUGGUGCGCGCAAUCGUCAAAUUAAAACUUCGACAUGCCAUUUACGUACAUGGCUACCGAAAUGAUGAAGUCGGAAUGACGAGGACGACGACGGCGAAAUGGAUAAACACAAAGUAAUAAAAAAAA